AUAGGAGCAUGUUGGAGCAUGUGACGCGAACAGACCCCGAAUCCUACAUUUCAGCUUUUCAAUUCUGGUAACCCUGCAUGUAACCCAUUGCUCCUUUUAUCAUCUUUCUUUAGCGUGGAUCUCUCUACUCUAAGUGGCAGAAACUGCGAGUAUGGCUGAGGCAGAUGAAACUCAGAAAAAGAAGAGGACCUUCAGGAAGUUUACCUUCCGGGGGGUCGAUCUCGACCAACUCCUUGACAUGCCAAAUGAACAGCUGAUGGAUUUGAUGCAUGCAAGAGCACGUAGACGCUUCUCUCAUGGUCUGAAAAGGAAAUCCAUGGCUCUUGUCAAGAAACUGCGAAAGGCAAAAAAAGAGACGCCCCCCAAUGAAAAACCUGAGAUUGUCAAGACGCAUUUGCGUAACAUGAUUAUCGUACCAGAGAUGGUUGGCUCAAUAGUUGGUGUAUACAAUGGCAAAACUUUCAACCAAGUUGAAAUCAAACCAGAAAUGAUUGGCCACUAUCUUGGAGAAUUUUCUGUUACAUACAAACCUGUUAAACAUGGUAGACCUGGUAUUGGUGCUACUCAUUCUUCAAGAUUUAUUCCACUCAAAUAAGAUGUUUUUGUCUUUCUUGUCUCAAUAAAUUAUCCAAAAUAUAA